AUGACCCCGAGCGUCUAUGCAUUACAGGUUCAUCUUCCUGGAGAGCAAAUGGUUUCUUUUCAAAGAAGAUCCAAUCUUGCUGAUUUAGUUGCUGAUGUUGACUUCUCAAAAACGAUGCUGACUGAACAAGAAACGGAGCGUCGAAAAGCUGUUGGAAGAUUGGUGACCGUUAGCCCAGCAGAAGGAGAGAGGUAUUUCUUAAGGCUGCUUUUAUCCUGUGUCUAUGGCCCUACUUCGUUCGACCGUUUGUUGACUAUUAAUGGAGUCCGUAUGGCUUCUUAUGGAGAAGCCGCUUUCCAGAUGGGUCUGUUACAAUCUGAUACGUAUUUCAAAGACACCCUUGAUGAGGCUGCUACUUUUCAGAUGCCUUCUUCACUCAGAAACCUGUUUGAUGUGAUGCUAAGUUUCUGCUCCCCGUCAAAUCCUAAAUACUUGUGGGAAAGAUUCACUCACUGGAUAUACUCCUCAGUACAUCAGAAUGCUGGUACUUCAGGAGAUCAGUAA